GACAUGAGAACAGCGAGGCCCUGCCCGAGUCCCUGCCCUCGGCGCCGGGGACCCUGCCCCAUUUCCUGGAGGAGCCCGACGAUUCCUACAUCAUCAAGAGCAACCCCAUCGUGCUGCGCUGCAGGGCCGUGCCCGCCAUGCAGAUCUUCUUCAAGUGCAACGGCGAGUGGGUGCACCAGAACGAGCACGUGUCCCACGAGAGCCUGGACGAGGCCACAGGUGGAGUGGCUGAAGAACGAGGAGCCCAUCGAUUCCAACCUGGACGAGAACAUCGACACCAGGGCCGACCACAACCUCAUCAUCCGCCAGGCGCGCCUCUCCGACUCGGGCAACUACACCUGCAUGGCUGCCAACAUCGUGGCCAAGAGGAGGAGCCUGUCGGCCACCGUGGUGGUCUAUGGUAACUCCCUGCUCCUCAACUCAUCCCUGCAGCCCGAGCUGACGGUCAGCAGGACCUACAGCGGCCCAAUCUGCCUGCAGGACCCACUGGACAAGGAGCUGAUGACCGAGUCCUCCCUGUUCAACCCCCUGGCUGACAUCAAGGUCAAGGUGCAGAGCUCCUUCAUGGUGUCCCUGGGCGUCACCGAGCGGGCCGAGUUCCACGGCAAGGCCCACCCCGGCACCUUCCCCCACGGCAGCCCCAGGCCCUUUGGCACCCUCCAGGCCAGGAACAAGGCCAUGUUCAUCCAGAACCUGGCCUCCAUCUCCAGCAGUAGCGAGCUGAGGAGCACGGCCCUGUUCGGGCACCUGGGGGGACGCUUGGUGGUCCCCAACACAGGGGUCAGUCUGUUGAUUCCACACGGGGCCAUUCCAGAGGAGAGUUCCUGGGAAAUCUACCUGGCCAUCACCCAGAGGGAGUCCAGCCUGGAGCCAGAGGGCCCCGAGGUGCUGCUGGGCCCCGAGGUGAGCUGUGGGCCCCCCGAGCUGGCCGUGAGCACCCCCUGUGCCCUGAGCAUCCCGCACUGCGCCCACGCCGACCCCCAGCACUGGAGCAUCCACCUCAAAAGGAGGACCCAGCAGGGGAAGUGGGAGGAAGUGAUGUCUGUGGAAGAGGAAACUACUUCUUGCUACUGCCUGUUGGAUCCUUAUGCCUGUCACAUUCUCUUAAACAGCUUUGGAACUUAUGCCCUAAUUGGGGAACCCAUCUCAGACUGCGCCGUUCGACAGCUGAAAGUCGCCGUUUUUGGCUGCCUGUCUUGCAAUUCUCUGGAUUACAAUCUGAGGGUUUAUUGUGUGGAUAACACCCCUUGUGCAUUCCAGGAAGUGGUUUCGGAUGAAAGGCUCCAAGGGGGACAAUUGCUGGAGGAACCCAAACUUCUGCAUUUUAAAGGCAACACCUGCAGCCUCCAGAUCUCAGUGCUGGACGUGCCUCCCUUCCUGUGGAGAAUCAAACCCUUCACUGCCUGUCAGGAGGUGCCGUUCUCCCGCGUGUGGCGCGGCAGCCCCCGGCCCCUGCUCGGCGCCUUCUCCCUGGAGCGCUUCAGCCCCGCCACCACCCAGCUGUGCUGCACCGUGUGUGUCAGGCAGCUGCAGGGUCACGAGCAGCUGCUGCACAUCCAGACCUCCGUCCUCGAGGCUGAGAGAGAAAACAUCCCCUUCUUUGGCCACGAGGACAGCGCCUUCCCUGCCCAGCUGGGCCCCAAGGCCUUCAAGAUCCCGCGCUCCAUCCGGCAGCGCAUCUGCGCCACCUUCGACGCGCCCGGCGCCAAGGGCAAGGACUGGCAGCUGCUGGCACAGAAGAACAGCAUCAGCAGGAACCUCUCCUUCUUUGCCACCCAGAGCAGCCCCUCUGCCGUCAUCCUGGACCUGUGGGAGGCUCGGCACCAGCACGACGGGGACCUGGACUCGCUGGCCUGUGCCCUGGAGGAGAUUGGCAGGACACACUCCAAGCCCCCCGAGGUGCCAGAGCCCGAGCUGGACGAGCCCGAGUUCCCCUGCAGCAGGAAGGGGCUUUAGUCCCUCUGUCCUGCCAGGACACACGGCCAGCAGGGGUUGUGGGGGUGGAACUCGCCCCCAUCAGUGGCAACGGGAGGAGCAGCAGCUAAAAACCCUCUGGUGAUGAGGAAAACCAGCUCCUCCCUGUCCUCCUCCACUUAAAAUCUGCAUUUUGGUGCCCCAAAUGAGCCUGCACUUGUGUCAGCGCCGGGGCAGGAGGGAGAGAGACACAGAGCCAUAAGAGGGAAAUGUUAUUCUGUAUUUAGGAACAGUCAUGUUCGUGUACUGCCUAGUGAAAAAUCAACAAAUAGCGUUGGAUAUUUCGAGCCACUGGAGGUUGGUCCUGGUUAAAAGGUUUCUCUAGUGAAAAUCAACAAAUAACAUUGGAUAUUUCGAGCCACUGGAGGUUGGUCCUGGUUAAAAGGUUUCUCGCUUCGAGGGUGGUUUAAAAAUCCCAUCACGUUGUCACUUUAUGUCUGCUACAGGAAAACUGAAAAUUUGGCCUUAUCCUGUUCAGAUGUUUGAGGAAUUAGAAGAUCUCAUAAUUAUUUCACAUCGUGUGUAUUCCAAAUAAUUUGUUUUAAAAAUUCAGCCCCUUAAUGAAUGUACAUUUGCUGCAGAGCUUUGCUGCCUGCUCUGUUACCAAAAUUCCAGAACAAACCCCUUCAUCUCUGAGACUGGGGGGUGUGUGCACACGCCAGAGGAAUUUUCUAAUUUUCUACGUCUGCAAACUUUCUUAGUCAAAAAACUGUCUUUGGGGGUGGAUUUAAAUAACCAAAUAACACACGGGAAAAUUUCCAGCCCUAUUUUAGCAAGUUGAGACAUUUAUUUUUGUUACUUCAUUCUCUGUGGCUGAGCUGAAGGUGAAGGCAGUCAGCACAGCUUCAUUUUGGUUUGGUUUCAGAUUGAAACCACAAACCCCACACAGCACUGCCAACUCUGGCCUAGAUUUUGUUGCACAAUUUGGGAAUUUCACGGGGUCCAGAGCUGGCUGUGUUAACUUGGUUUAGUUACAAAUUGCAUUUACCCCAAAAAUCAGGAUCUAAGCAGAGAAUUUGCCUUGCUUUUUACCCAUUCCAUGCAAAAAUUAUUUAUGACUUCAACCAAACCAAAAAAGAGCUGUCACUGUGAGUGAGGGCCUGGUGGAGAUGGGACUGAGCCAAGUGUCACCAUUAUUUUUGACCAUUCUUUUCACUCUCAUCCUUCACCAUAGCCAAGGUGCUGGAGUCUGUGGGGCUGCCAGGGCACAAUCAGGAGAAACAGGAACAGAAAUGAGGCUUUGGGAGCUUUGUGGAAAUGCAGGAAACCCAAACCAAGGGUUUGGGGGCUGUUUUAGCCUCGUGUUUGGCUGAGAGCAGGGCAAUUCCUUCACCAAGGACUGCAGGGUGAAAAUCUGAACAACAGCAACAAUGAGAUCAGCAACAUCAGCUCUGUCCUUGCUUGUGCUGCCCUGAAAUCACAAAUGUCACUGCCUGCCCAGCUCAGGAAUAGGCUGAGACAUGGAAAUCCUGAAACUUGGAAAUCCUGAGACCAGUGCAAAGCUUUCCUGCAGCUCAGCAUCUCCUGCAAGCCUGGCAGGAGGCUCCUGGCACAGGUUUCGGGGCAGACAGAAAUACCGGCUGCAAGCUGUCACUGCUUUCAGCAGCACAUGCUCCUCCAGUUCCAUCCCCACUGACUGCCAGUCCUCCUCCACAAACCUGUUCUUGGUUGGACAAAAUGUCAGGCAUUAGAAAAAAAAAAAAAAAA